UCUUCAGACUGAAGGCUGUUUAUUGCAAAAAUCGCGAUAAUUGCCUUAUCAGCCGAGAUUUUUAAAGAUAGCUAACAGACUUUUGUUCACUGGCUACUGUCCAAAGAUUCCUCAGUCGUUUGACACUCGAAAAACCACGACAGAGACAUGCAAAAUAUGAAAUAUAUUUUGAUUUUAGUCGCUGGCUUGGCCAUCCAGGGAAAUAAUGCUGAAUCGGCCAGCAAAAUUGGAUCGCAGUGGGUCGAAAUUGAUGGUAAACAGUACUACUUCGAGAUGCAAAACUAUGCAGACUGGCACGAUGCUCAAGCGCUCUGCGAAAGAAGAAACUUGACCUUGAUAAGCUACCAGACCGUGGAGAAGUGGAAUUCCAUCAGGAAUUUUCUGCUCCUCGAACCAGAUUUUGAUAUGAACCUGUGGUCAUCCGGUGCAAAGCUCGCUGACGGUCAGUUCCUGUGGCGCUCCACUGGCGAAGAGGUAACCUACACCGACUGGGCAACCGGUGAACCCAACUUGCCCGCCGGAUCAGAAUUUUGCGUCGUGGUCUCCGCGUUCCCCAAUGGCUGGGACGACAUCGAGUGCACUGGUCGCUGGUUCGCUUCUGUGUGCGAAGAACCAUAGUGUUGUCCACACACUGAAAUAAAAGCAACGACAAUCUGAACGAA